AGGGAGCGGGACGGCGCCGGGACCGGCAUCAUGGGCAAGUCGGAUUUCCUCAGCCCCAAGGCCAUCGCCAACCGCAUCAAGUCCAAGGGGCUGCAGAAGCUGCGGUGGUACUGCCAGAUGUGCCAGAAGCAGUGCCGCGAUGAGAAUGGCUUCAAGUGUCACUGCAUGUCUGAGUCCCACCAGAGGCAGUUGCUGCUGGCUUCUGAAAAUCCUCAGCAAUUCAUGGAUUACUUCUCUGAGGAAUUCCGAAAUGAUUUCCUAGAAUUGCUCAGGAGGCGAUUCGGAACAAAGAGAGUGCACAAUAAUAUUGUGUACAAUGAAUACAUCAGCCAUCGAGAGCACAUCCACAUGAAUGCCACACAGUGGGAGACACUGACUGAUUUUACAAAAUGGCUGGGGAGAGAAGGUCUUUGCAAGGUUGAUGAGACCCCUAAGGGCUGGUACAUUCAGUACAUCGACAGGGACCCAGAGACCAUUCGCAGGCAGCAAGAGCAAGAGAGGAAGAAGAAACAGGACCUUGAUGAUGAGGAAAAAACUGCUAAAUUCAUUGAACAGCAAGUUAGAAGAGGUUUGGAGGGGAAAGAACUGGAAAUGCCAGUCUAUACUGAACUGAAUAGAGAAAAUGAAGAAGAAAAAGUUACAUUUAAUUUAAACAAAGGAGCAAGUACUUCAGUCGCAGCAUCUUCUAAAACAAGCAGUGUCCUUGGACAGAAUGCACUGAAGAUGGUGGAGGGGGCAGUUAAAAGAAAAGAAGUAGCCCAUAGCUCUGGUCAGUCCAAAGAGAAAAAGAAGAAAUCUGCACUGGAUGAGAUCAUGGAGCUUGAAGAGGAGAAGAAAAGAACAUCUCGAAGAGACUACUGGUUACAGCCUGAAAUCAUUGUAAAAAUUGUAACAAAAAAGCUUGGAGAGAAAUACCACAAGAAGAAGGCAGUUGUUAAGGAAGUGAUUGACAAAUACACAGCAGUUGUGAAGGUGAUUGACUCUGGGGACAAGCUGAAGCUUGACCAGACACAUCUAGAAACUGUAAUACCAGCACCAGGCAAGAAAGUGAUGGUAUUAAAUGGUGGGUACAGGGGAAAUGAAGGCAUUUUGGAGUCCAUCAAUGAGAAGAGGUUUUCAGUGACAAUAACAAUUGACUCAGGACCUUUAAAAGGGCGCAGAGUUGAAGAUAUCCAGUAUGAAGAUGUUUCCAAACUUGCCUGAGGUGCUAAAUUAUACAUCAGAGAAGAUUUUCGUUCUCAAAACCUUCUUUCUGACAUCUUUCAGGCAGACACAAGACUCUACCAUGUCAGGGUUUUAAUUGUGUGUGUAUGUAUUUAUAAUGUAUAUAGACAUUAACAACAGCAAACUUGAUUUAUUUAAAGAUAGAUAUUGAUUUGUUACAUAAAAUGUUUAUGGAAAUACUAUCAGUGGAAAUUUUUCAUCUGAUUUUAUAUCAAAGUUAUAAUAUUUGCUUCAAUUUCCUUUUGUAAAAUGUAGCAGAGAGCUGCAAACUGGAGUAUGUGGGCAGGUCCUGAAGAGAGAAUUACCUACAGGGAGGCAGAGUGUGUUGGAGCCAGAGGAGUUUAAACAACACACUUGUCAAUCCAGAGCCAAAAUGGACUUCUGAGUGCAUGACCAAGGCAUGGGAUUGAGGGGAUAGCAGGAAGAUUCCAGUGCUGCAAGGGCUUAUUUCCUGGACACUGUAAGAAUGCUCUGGUUUAUUAUGUGCAGUCACCAGUUUAUUUUUGAUCAGCACAGCAGUGAUAGUAAAAUGCAGGUCAUUACUCCUCCAGCAGGUUUGUCAGGGCUCCUGAUAAUACUGAUAUGGAAUUUAUCUUCAUAUGGAGCUGCUCCAUGGAUGUUACUUUUGGAGUGUCUUGGGAUGCCAGCUGAAUCUUGGGCAGAUAUGAAUUGGGCUCCUUUGGUUUUCCAAAGCCUUUUCCUUUCUCCCAUUGUUGCUCUGCUACAUGAGUAAUGUUACUCCUGCUAAAUAAUAUAGCAUUACUUGUUUUAUUUUUUUAAAAGUGUCACAUUUUGUACAAUGUUUAAUUUCUCAGGCACUUCAGGAAUAAACAGAAACCUUUCUUAGGCCAGUGUGUUUCUUACCAACCUUUCCAAUACUGUUGAUUUAAGUCCACCAGUGAGCACAGUGAAGUGCUGGGUUGGUGCACCACAUUAUUUGGGUAAAAAAACCCAUGUGAGUGGUCCUGGACAAACUAAACCCAACUGAAGGUUGUGUGUCCCUGGAACCUUUCCCCUUUCAUUGCCUCAAAAGGUUGAUUUGUGGUUUCCAGGGGAAGCCUGCACAGAACUGGAAGUCA